AUGCCUUUCACACCCGAUUCGGAACUGGACUUGGCGUUCUCAGCGGACCUUAUCCCCGCGGAACUCAACGAAAAGGUGGCGGCCCACCAACUUCACAUUCGUCCUCUGGCCUCCACGGACUAUGCGCGUGGCCAUAUCAAGGUUCUGGGCUCACUCACGACGGUAGCAGACCCUGGCGAGGCUGCAUGGAAAGAGCGCUUUGAGGAGCUAGCACGCUCAAAGUCGUCGGCAAGCAAGUACUUUGUCGUGGUGAUCGUGUCCAAGGAGACCGACGAGCUUGUGGCUACAGGCACGGUCUUCUUGGAGCCCAAGUUUCUACGCUCGCUUGCUUCAGCAGCGCACAUUGAGGACAUUGCUGUGGAUAAUUUGAUGCAGGGCAAGGGACUUGGAAAAGUCCUUAUUGCGACGCUCACGGCACUGAGUAAGCAGGCAGGCGCGUACAAGACGCUGCUGGACUGCAGUAACGACAACGUAGCGUUCUACGAGAAAUGCGGCUACGAAGUGAAGGGCGUCGAAAUGGCCAAGUACAAUGUGUAG